CUAUUCGACCACCCUUGAAAAACCAAAAAAGUAGGAAGAGAUAAGUACUAUAUGUGGAGGUCAUUCGGGCAGGGAGCUGGCGGACCAAUGGGCGGAGGUGGCGGCGGCGGCGGCGGAGGGAUAAUGAAGACGUUUCACAAAGCCGUUUCGGCCGGCACCGGUGGCCGUGGCUCAUCCCAAGAAUCCUUUUCUCGCUGCGCCACCACUCAUUAUAGCAGCAACACCACUACCUCUCCCACAUCAAGACCCAGUUAUAAACCUUCCUCAUCUGAUUAUAAUUCCAAUACCUAUUCUUCUUCCUCCGUGAACCAGCUUAACAGGAACAGGGCCAACUCAAUAUCUCCGACGACCGGUGAGGAAUAUGAUGGUGUAAAUGGAUUUUAUGAUGAUUAUGUUUUUUGUACUGUUCCAUCCAUGGAUGAAGUUCAUGAUGCGGUCUCUUCUCUUCAACAGGUUAUUGAUCCUCCGGAGUUGGACUGGAUUGAGCCCUCAAGAAGUAUGCUACAGUCUCCUGGUUAUGAAAGUGUUUAUGAUGCUUUCCAUUUACUACAAACCGAGCCUUCUGUUAAGAGAAUGGUGAUUUCGUUGGCAUCUGAUAAUUCCGUUUGGGACGCUGUUAUGAACAAUGAGGUGGUUCGUGAGCUUAGAGAUUCAGUCUAUGAAGCCAACAAGAGUAUUAUUCCAGGGGAGAUUGAAGGUUGUGAUGACUCAUUUCCAGUUUCUGGUAUUCUAAAUUGGAUCUUUAUCAACAUCAAGGCAAAAGCCAUGGAAAUAUUUGAGAAAAUCACAGAGAUGAUGAACAGCUUGUUCCAGUCUCCAAGAAAUGACAGGAAGAAGGCCACAGAUGAAGAUGCAGCCAUGGAAGAAUCCUUUGAGAAAAAACUAACAAGUUCUUUCUUGCUUUCAGUUAUGGUACUUCUGAUUGUAGUUGUGAGCAGAGCCAACAAGUGAUAGGAUUGCCUGAUAGAGUAACCAUGUUUGUAUGAAUAAACUGAUAGUACUACAUAACACUUUUACCCUUUCAUUUCAACAUUUUUAUAACAAUAACCAUUAAAUCA